AUGCGACAUUUGCCCAAGAGGGGAAAGGACCCCGUGAUCAAAUACACCCCUGAGGAGGUGGCCGCUGCAGGGCCGCUUUUCCCGGACCCGGCGCAGUACGGCUUCAUGAAACCCCAACAGCCCGCCAAGCCACGGCCCGUGCCUCGCUAUAUGCUUGUCCAGCCGCGUCUCCUUGCUGCACCACCAUUCAAACAGCUUCCGUGGGAAAAGGCGAACCAGGAUAAAAUGCUCCAGAUGGAGGCCGCCAACACAGGCUCGGACUACCUGGGCAUAUACGAGGAGUUCCAGAAAAUGAGAGAAACAGAGCGUGCCAAGAUGGAGGAAAUGGGGCUCGUGGACGCCGAGAACAUCACCAAGGACUUGAACGACGCCAUUUUCUUCCAAGGCACGUGCCUCGACAUGUGCCCGACCUUCGAACGCGUGCGCCGGUCGCUCGAAAACAACGUCAAGGCGCUUGAAAAAGACCCGGUCACCCAGCGUAUAUCGCGAGAACGGGCCGUCAAGGCGUUUUCCCGCCCGGCCGCCGGCCAGCCGCCUCCCAUGCCUUCGGACGUGCGGCCGCCCACUGUGCUAAUGAAAACACUCGAUUAUAUCGUGGACACGGUACUUCCACAGUUGCCCGAAACACACUCAUUCAUCUGGGACAGAACACGGUCCAUUCGCCAGGACUUCAUCUACCAGAACUACUACGGCCCGGAGGCCAUUGACUGCAAUGAACGCAUUGUACGAAUCCAUCUAUUGUCGUUACACAUAAUGGCUGGCAGCGACCUCAAGUACUCGCAGCAGCAGGAGCUCGAGCAGUUCAACAAGGCUCUUCAAACAUUGACAGAAAUCUACCUGGAUGUGCGGAACCACGGCGGCCAAUGCCCCAACGAGCCCGAGUUCCGGGCGUAUCAUUUGAUCAGUCAUUUCAGAGACCCCGAAUUGGAGCGGGAAGUGCAGACUUUGCCUGACUAUAUAUUCCACAGCCCAGAGGUGCAGCUUGCGCUUCGCUUCCGCAUGAUCAUGUCGCAAAGUAACGUAGUGGAGCGUGGUUACGUGAACAAGAUCGGAGCGGUGAAUUUGUUUGUGGAGUUCUUCAAGUUGGUGUAUAACGAGUCCACCCCGAUUCUAUUAGCAUGCUUGCUAGAAACACACUUCAACGAGAUCCGGUUCUAUGCGUUGAAGUCGAUGUCUCGGUCCUACCACACCAAGGCCAAGGCGUUUCUGGCGGAGUCUCUACGCCAGAUGCUCGGCUUCGACACCCUUCUGAAACUCGAGGAUUUCGUCAAAUAUUACGAGAUCGAUAUGCUCGAGGAGCAUGGCGAGUUGCACGUGGAUCUCUGCAACAAACAGAAACUAGAACUGAAGUACAAGCUCAAUUCCUUGAAUGACAAGCCUAAAAAGUCGCCUGCCUACUCGCCGCAGCUUGACUACCGGCUACGCAAUCAAGCCAUAAAAAGCCUUGUCAACUGUGGACACUCGAAUGCAGACCUCCACAUGGACCGGGCUAAAAUUGAUGAGGUGCUCCAGAAAAUCGUCGCCCAACAGAAUUCAAAAUCGGCUUUUGGUGCCCUUCCCAGUACCGCAACAAACCAACAAACUCAGGGAAGCUCUUUUAAUCUUUCCGAUUUCUUGAAGAGCAAGACGGCGUCUUCAGUAUCAUCGCAAAACGGAUUUGGACAGGCUUCAACCGCUCCCAAAUUUGAUUUUACAGGCAACUCCAAGGCCCCGGCCCAACCGACCCCCGCAUUUGUACAGCAGAAAAACUCUGAUUCUCUGAUACAGAGAAUCGAGGAAAAGCAUGUUCAAUUUGCAAAUUCAGUUGAACACAAGCAAACUGCACAAUCUUCAUCGCUCUUCGGAGCCUCAGUUACCAAUAAGCCUCAGCUUACCUCGAAGGCAUUCGAAGGUUCUUCUAGUGCUGCAGAGAAAAAUAAAAACAUGAAUGUCAAUGAAUUUAAAGAAAAAGACAAAACAAAACCGGAGCCGAAAAACAACGCUUCAGAAAACAAAAACGUUUUCACUUUUGGUGGUGCUAGCGACACAAUGAAUACCAGUCUGGCAUCAAACCUCAAACCACCAUCGGCUUUAAGCCCUCCUCAGGUAAAACCAAAAUUUCUCAAGGAUAAUCAGCUUUUCACUAGGGCGCUCCAUUCGGUAUACACAGACCUUGUCAGAGAUAUCGUCCAAACCGAGCUCCACAAAAUCACUACCCAGGCCAUGCAGAAGCAGAUUCGAGCCAAUGAGAGACAAAGAUUAAUAGAUGUUUUUGCAGAUGAGCUUUACUCGGCUUUUCUUGCGGAACAAACGCAUCAGGCGAUGCUAGAGAGCGCUGCAAAAGUUUUUUACGAGAAGAAUUUGAAGAGAAGAGCAAUCUUUGGGCUUCAGAUUGUGGGAAGAAACCUAUACAAGAAACACGAGGCGAAACGACAAAGGAGAAGCGAGGUUGAGAACCUUUCCUUCCAAACACCUGCCCUCAAACGCAAAGCCUCUAACAAUUGGGAGGAGACGUCUUUUGCAAAACGGAGAAUAUCAUCGGGUUUAGCGAGGGCUAAUACCAGCUACGAGGAUAUGAAUGAGAGGCAAACACAAUUACAGCAGCUAUGGGAACCAAUUGAUCUCGCGCAAUUUGUCGAAAUAUGUUCAAAAGAUGUGAAAACGAGGCUUGAUACCGGAGUUGUUGCUCUCAAUUGUAUCGUCAUUGCGGAAGAUUGGGCCUCGUCUUAUUCGAAAUGGCUUAAUACAAAACUCUCCCUAUCUGUUAGUGAGGACAAGUCUCACUACAUCAACCAGGUUGAGUCCAAGGGUUUGAGAGUUGCAUUUCGCAGCCUUCCCAAGACCAACUUCGUGAAUGAGGAGUCCUUUCGCAGUACGCCUUUUCUUAUAUUUGAAUGCGGACUUCUUGAAGAUAAACAAGUUGCAAGGUAUAAAACUCUAGGAGCAAAACUCAGGCGUGACGGUGGCAUCUUGUCAAAAAUCAUCCAGCUUUGUGAUAGAUUUUCUUAUUAUAAAGUGCAGAUUCUUAUUCUUGUGUGGGAUAUCACGAGCAGUGGCACACUGGGCGAGAAACAAUCAGAGCUUCUUCAAACAGACAAACUCAUGAAGACAGAGAAUUGUGUUCAAAACAUAAACAUCAGUGACAUGUCUGCUCCAUCGGCGGAUGUCACGGGAGAUUUACAAAAACUUCUUCAUGACAUGGGUGAAAGAUUCACAGGCCAGCUUUCGAAACGAGGUGUUCAAAAGCGCGUCUUACAUUCGAAGCUUCAAGAGGCCAUCCUCGAUACGGAGAAGCCGACUUCCUCGACAGAGGAGGUGGAGAGUGCUUCAGCGUCUCUUCGGGCCAAAGAGGCGGAAAUCUUGAAGAGGGCCCGGGACUUACAGAAACGGAGGUAUUUAUCUGCGCAUGCUACAGCGAAUAGAAACGGGGACUUGACAAAUCUUUCAGGCGUGUUCCGGACACCAAACGGGAGCUUCGCCAAUCACACGUUGAUGAACUAUAACAACACGAUUUUGGGAAACAAUACUUUUCUUCCCGCGCGUGAUGCCUCGUUUCUAAGAUCUUUUGCGAAUGCCAGUGUCAUCGAAGAAAGCACGCCCAUGGGCUCGCCCGGGCCUAAAUCCAGAACGGCACAUACACAGAAUCCACGCGCUGGGGCUUAG